AUGAGCAAACGAGAUUUAAAACCAUUAUCAAAAUCAUUGUUUAGUUUUCUUAAGAAUCAAGAUAGUGAUGAGGAAGAAACGGAUACUUUUUCUAGAAUACAACCCUAUGUAAAUAAUCAUCAAUAUGAAACUGUUGAUUUUACGGAUAGGAGGAAUGAAUUCUAUAGAUUGAUGAGGAAGGGAAUUAUUGCUAGAAUGGAGGAAAAUUAUGUUGAAGCUUGUAAAUAUUUAGAUUUGGCUUUGGAGUUGGAACCCGAUAAUUAUGAAGUUUAUUUGGAGAAGAGUAUUUGCCUGAGUUUAUUUCAUAGAACACUUUCAUCAAUAAGAGUAUUAGUACAUGGUCUCAAUCACUCAAAAAGAAGUUAUUGGUUCAAUGACAAUGAAAGGGAAUUGGAACGUGAAUAUUUCGGAUGUCUUUUCAGAGGAUUAAUAGAGGAAGUGAAUGAUCAACAGGAGGCUAGCUUGAAACUCUACGAUCAAGCUUGCAAGCUUUAUCCGACUGGAUUUUAUGCCUUGUUUUCAUAUGCUUAUGCUCUGGGUUCUAUCUCUCUCAAUCCGAGCACAACAUUGGCACCAAAUGUCAGAGAAAAUUACAUGAAUCAAGCUUGUGAAUAUUUCAAAAAGGCUCUCACCUCUAUUAGAAAUUCUCCACUCCACUCUAAAUUUCAUACCUAUUAUAUAUGCAUUCUGUAUACAAAUAUUGCUUGGGUCAUUAGAGAGAAUAAUCAAAUUGAUGAUGAGGCACUUGAUUACUAUUCUGAGGCCAUUAAAUUGAAUGGCAAACAUUUGAGAUCCUAUCUCUCUAGAGCCAGUUUAUACUCUAAAAAGAGAGAAAAUGGAAAAUCUAUUUCUGAUUUUACAGCAUGUAUUGAAAUUAAGGAAAAACAAACACCAAGAUGGAUUGGAAUUGUGGACAAGAUGAAAGUCUUCUUCAAAGAUAUGGAACAAGAUUCACAUAUUAUUUUCACAACCAUCUAUUUGUUCAUGUCUAGACACUUGGUUGAGAUUUUCACCAUGAAAUAUAUUGAUAAUUUUCAAGUUGACACUCCAGAAACUACCAUUACAACAAGUGGCACGUUGCUAAAUAAGCAACAAACAAAGGAUUAUGAGAAGAGGUUGAGUGAUCUCUAUGAAGAACGAGGAAUUCAAUUUUUAGAUGAUAACAAGAUUGAGGAAGCACUACUUGAUUUCACUGCAGCCAAAAUCAUUUGUCCAUUCAGAGCUCACCCGUACAUUUUCACGUACUUUAUUGGAAUUAAUGUUAUUGACAGAUCAAAAUGCUUUUCAAUUUUGGAGAAUUAUUUGGAAUUCAUGGAAUGUGAAUCAAAUAUAAGAGGAGUGAUUAGUGAAGAAUCAUUAAGCCAAUUCGACAUGUCUACUCUAUACAAACACAUUUCUCAACUCUACGAAGAACAAAACCAAUCAAAACAAGCCAAAUCAUCUCGCCUCAAGGAAAAACAAUUACUUAAUUAUUCUAGAAUUUGCUAA